AGAGACUUAUUAAAUUGACUCAGAUAGUAGUGGUAGAUGGUAGGGCCUUAGUUACCUGUUGCAUUGGCUUGUUGCUUUGAUGCACCAUUCUAGAGAUAAGCAAGCUAGCACGCAGGAGCACUUGGCCAGUGUCAGUAAACGGCUUCGGCCUGGAGUCGAACAUAGAGUUGUCUAUCUGGCCUACACUUUGUCUGAAAUGCAAACUGUUUUGGAUUUGGAUUACCUGUUGUCUAUUAGGUCAGAUUUAGCAAGAUACAUGUUAUAAUGACUUAGUGAAACCUCCGAAAAUAAGAAAAACAGGAGAAAUGCAUAAAGUUAGCAGUAGACAAAGUGUGGAUUUCAAGAAGCUCAGCUGCGUGGGAGGAAGGGGGAGUACUGUUACAAGGUAGUCUGACCACACACACACUCUGCUUUGGGAGAAGCCCUGAGGUAUCCUGUCUACUAACUAAAGGUUCUGGUAGUUCUGCCAUAUGCAUUGGGUUUGCCUAUCACAGACGAACAAAUCCAAGAGAUGAAAUCCAACCUGGACAACAUAGACUUCAAGAUGGCCGCUGAAGAAGAGAAAAAACUACGGCACGACGUGAUGGCUCACGUGCACACGUUUGGCCACUGCUGUCCAAAGGCUGCAGGCAUCAUCCAUCUUGGUGCCACCUCCUGCUAUGUUGGAGACAAUACAGACUUGAUUAUUCUUAGAAACGCAUUUGACCUGCUUUUGCCAAAGCUUGCUAGAGUCAUCUCUCGGCUUGCUGACUUUGCUAAGGAGCACGCCAACCUGCCUACCUUAGGUUUCACACAUUACCAGCCUGCCCAGCUGACCACAGUUGGGAAACGCUCCUGCCUUUGGAUUCAAGACCUUUGCAUAGAUCUCCAAAACUUGACGCGUGUCCGUGACGACCUGCGCUUCCGGGGAGUGAAGGGCACCACAGGCACUCAGGCCAGCUUCCUGCAGCUCUUUGAGGGCGAUCACAAUAAGGUGGAGCAGCUGGACAAGAUGGUGACAGAAAAGGCAGGAUUUAAGAGGGCCUUCAUUGUCACUGGGCAGACGUACACACGAAAGGUGGACAUCGAGGUGCUGUCCGUGCUGGCAAGCUUGGGGGCAUCAGUGCAUAAGAUUUGCACUGACAUCCGCCUUCUGGCUAACCUCAAGGAGCUGGAGGAGCCCUUUGAAAAGCAGCAGAUUGGCUCCAGUGCAAUGCCGUACAAGCGGAACCCCAUGCGCUCGGAACGAUGCUGCAGCCUCGCCCGUCACCUCAUGGGCCUUGUCAUGGACCCACUGCAAACAGCUUCUGUGCAGUGGUUUGAACGCACACUGGAUGACAGUGCCAACCGGCGUAUCUGCUUGGCCGAGGCAUUCCUCACUGCAGAUACCAUACUGAAUACACUGCAGAACAUUUCUGAAGGACUCGUGGUGUACCCCAAAGUCAUUGAACGGCGCAUUCGGCAGGAGUUGCCUUUCAUGGCCACAGAGAACAUCAUCAUGGCCAUGGUCAAGGCAGGGGGCAGCCGCCAGGACUGCCAUGAGAAAAUUAGAGUGCUUUCCCAGCAGGCAGCUGCUGUGGUUAAGCAGGAAGGGGGUGACAAUGACCUCAUAGAGCGGAUUCAGGCCGAUGCCUACUUCAGUCCCAUCCACUCCCAGCUGGCCCGCUUGUUGGAUCCUUCUUCCUUCACAGGCCGGGCACUCCAGCAGGUACAGAGAUUCCUGGAAGAGGAGGUUUCCCCCCUGCUGAAGCCGUAUGCAGGUGUGAUGGAAGUGAAAGUAGAAUUAAGUCUGUAGAGUCAGAAGAUUAAUAAAUGGAAAGUCUUUGAUGGUUUAUUAAUUUUAGCGCUUGGACGUGAGAAGAUUUGGCCUGUAGUCUCUCACUUACCUUCAGAGUUGCUGCUGUAAAUUAAUCCAGCCCUUCCA